CUCUCGUCUGCUGCGUCUUCUCCGUGCAGGCAGGCAGCUGAUGAUGAGCCUCCGGGGUAUAUUUAAAGCCCUGGGAAAGCGGAAACCUGGCCCGCUGUGCGUUAUCAGCUGCUAGCACUGGACAAUGCUGUUACUUGUAACUCAGCCAUCGCUAACCAUGGAAGAAAAUAUGGUGUUAUUAGGACGGUAAUUAUUGCCAGGAAACAUUAAGGAAAGGGAUCAGCAGCAUUUGACUAAAUUGGCCUAACUCCAAAACGACAGCUUCCUAGUUAAUAUGACAGAACGUGGAUGAUCUUGGUUUGAUAGAUGCAUAGAAGAUGGAGCAAACUUGAGAUGAGUACUGUAAUUACAUACAAUGUAGUGUACAUAGAAGUUACUACAUUAGCUAUAUCAUUGCAUACAAUGUUUGUACAAUUUUUGUCUUUACUUUUGGGUAAACUGUUACUUCUAUUUUAUAAAACAAAAAUUCACCCAUCUUGUAUAAUGAAACAUAAUACUUAUUUAUACACAACAGGGAUCCUGCAGAUCCCUGACAAGUCUUCAAUAAUCUUAAAUUGCACAUUUGAAAUUUAAGGCCUUAUAAAUCCUGAAUUUUACCAGUGAGAGGUCUUACAUUUUAGAAGGCACUUUGACUAAGACUUGUUCUUAUCCUUUCAUAGUUUUCUAGCCAACCUUAUAAGGUUUUAAACAUCUUUCUCCAAAAAGAGGAUUCCUCAGGAGGAUGGCCGGGCUCAGCCAUAGAGAUAGGGUGAGGAGCUUGGACAUCCAGAUUGAGCUGGAAGUAGAGGAGCCAGUUGAGGUGGUGUGGGCAUCUUGUUAGGAUACCUCCUGUACGCCUCCCUGUGGAGGUCCUCCAGGCACAUCCAAAAAACUCAUUUGUCCCAUACCUUUUGAUAUUUCAUGAACAGUUAAUUAAAUCAGAAAAUUCAGCCCUUGUCCGGUAUACUGAGAAAUCUUGCAUGCCUCUUGCUUUUAACCAUUUACUGUGCAAAAAGUGGAAUUAAAUAGUCUUAAACUUGUUUUAAAAGGGUGUAGGAACCCUGCACAAGGUUGUGACUUGCAUACAAAACAUUAAACGGCAGUAAAUAAUCAGUAGCCUUUCAUUGAGAUGAUGCAUCAAAUCGUUGCAUCUCCAUGCAUGUGUGUAAAAUAUACAAAUAUGUACAUCCUCUAAUUGUGAUGUUAUCACAUUAUAUAAUAUCUUUAAUAUUAGCAAACUACUGCUUUUUUCCUUGUCAAACACUUCAGUAAAUGUGGGGGAUAUUUAUGUUUUGUUUUGUUUUUUCACUUUUUUGUAAGGUUGUUUGUUUCAGCAAAAGUAACUGCAACCCGGUUUUUAGUGCUCUUUAAAUUAUAAAUUGGAAGUAUAUAUUAGCAUCAUUCCGUAUUAGAUGAAAUACAAAUUUGGAAUAUUCAAAGUGGACCAUUUUAGAAGGAAUAAUGGCAUCUUAAUGCAUUGUAACCAGAUAUAUUGGUGUCUAAGGCUGGCUAAUUUUAAUUGCUGUACUGUUGGCUAUCUUGUAGUAGUUGCAUCCUAAUUUAUUAGUUGGUUAUUUUGUUGUACAAAUAUUUUUAAUCCACACAAAACAAUAACUAAUGCAGAACAAUAAAUGUAGUUGUGUAAAAAAGGCCAAACUACCCAGUUAAAUCAAAGCACCUCAAAACUUUUGUGUUGGAACACUACUCAGGUGAAAGUUCUUGUGUCCAAACCUGUGAAUUUCUUUUCCCAUGAAUAUAAUUCUAUCUCUGUGUCUUUUUACAGAAUUGAACUAUACCCAGUCUGUGCAGACCAAAGUUUGUGCAUCCUGCAUCGCCAGAUCCUCUUCAUCCUUGCCUCCACUGCCACGGCCAGUGUCUGGCCACUGUAACCAUGACGACAGGGGGUUGUUGUCACCUACCUGGCUCUCUGUGUGACUGUGCAAGCAGCACUGGCCUCUGGAAGAGUGUAGAGGAGGCCAGUGGUGAUGGAUGCCAGGCGCUCUACGUUACCCAGGUCACAGCCAUAGAUGGACAGUUGCUCUCUUCUGUGUUAAAACCCGUAGGAUCACAAACUGAUGGUCCCAUCUGUCGCAUUUGCCAUGAAGGAGGGAACAGUGAGAGUCUCCUGUCUCCAUGCGAUUGCACAGGCACCCUGGGCACGGUGCACAAGAGCUGCUUGGAGAAGUGGCUGUCGUCUUCCAACACGAGCUACUGUGAGCUCUGCCAUACAGAGUUCAGCAUUGAGCGUCGCCCCAGGCCCCUCACAGAGGUAACAAAGUGGCUGCGAGACCCUGGCCCUCGUAAUGAGAAAAGUACAUUGUUCUGUGAUAUGGUGUGCUUCCUGUUUAUUACACCACUGGCAGCUAUUUCAGGUUGGCUCUGCUUGAGGGGAGCACAGGACCAUCUUCAGUUGGGGAGCUGGCUGCAGGCUGUGGGCUUGAUAGCCCUUACCAUCGCCCUCUUCACCAUCUAUGUCCUGUGGACCCUGGUAUCUUUCCGCUACCACUGCCAGUUGUACUCAGAGUGGAGGAGAACAAAUCAGAAAGUACGACUGCUUAUUCCUGAAGCCAAGGAGUCUAACUCUUCCCAGCAUUCUUUGCUCUCUACCAAACUGAUGAAGAAGUCUGCCAACGAGAGCAUAGUAUGAGAGCAAACAGAGAUGGCUCAUGAAAACACAGUCUAUUUUAUGCAGGGAGGAUGCAUCAGACUUGCCAGAAAGUCUUUGAAGAAACACCGGUGGGCUUUUUUGUCACGUUUGAUCGCUCCAUCAGUACUUAAUUCACAUCACAAUGUUUUAUUUCUCCUCCUGUUGGUGCAGAAACAGGCCGAGAACAGGCUCAUUUGAAAGGAGCCCAUCUGUCAUCACGCUGCGUGUUGACAGAGCUUAUGCAAAGGCACUGACGAGUGGCACAUGGAGACGUGCAGAGACAUUUACAGGGACAUGGAAACAAGCCUCAUCACCAUGGAUGCAAUGGUAACAUUAGAUAACAGUGACAGCAGAGCAAUGUCUGACCAAACAACUUGUUUAGAGGACUGAAGAGUUCUGCUCUGUUUAACACCUCCUCCUCGACGGACCAAAGAGUGUAGCAGGUCCACUAAAACUGACCAUGACCCUACCUGAACAGAUCUGGAUUUGUCUGCACAGAAUUACUCAUUGAGGAUCUCAAUUUUCUGAUGUGUCUGUAAAGGAUUUCAAAUUUCACCUUCCAGAUACCAGUAUGCUGCCUAUGAGGAAACUUUAAUUUUAGCACAGCCCUUUUGGACUUCUUUCAAGAUGUUUUGCAGCAUCUGUUUCUACAUGUGAUGCCAGAAUAGAUGACAGCAUAGCAUUAGUGAAGCAAGAUCCUGUGCAAUAAAAACACUGUGGACUUUGAGGUCUUCACACUCCAUGCAGAGAUCUCUACCAACAUGCACGGUAAUGCAUGCAAGCACUGUUAUUAGGUUUUUGGAUUAAAAAAAAAAAGUUUAUUAAAUUCUUUCGUUGCCACUAAAGAAUGAACUAUUCCUGCUAAGGUGGGGUUAAACUGUGUCCUCAUAGAGGUUCUUGUAUUAUCAGCACUUAGAGAGUAGGUCUCAUAAAGGUCUCUGCAGCGCUUUCUGUCUGAAUGGCCUUGAAAGGAACACUUUUUUUCACAAGUAUUGUUGGAUGGCUGAAGGAGGGUACUGCAGCCUCCUUCUUAUCAUGUGUUUAAGUUUUGAUUAAAGACGUUUUUUUUUUUUUUUUAAGCUGUGCAUAUUUGUGUAUGUAUGCUGUUUCCAGAAUCAGGGAAACAGAAACAUUGUGUGAGCAUUUAUCAGUGAAGUCAUGGUCAAACUUUAGUCUGACAAUUUACAGAGCAUCAGUCUAAUCUAAAUGUCACCCACAAACAAUUACUUUGAUGAUGGGUGAAUUAUGCAAGAAUCACAAAGGAUUUAUCAGAGUUUAGCUUUGUCUCAAGAAAGCCUCAAGAUGCUCACAUUUUUCCAUUAAUUUUCAGCUUUUUGGGUAGCUCUCUUGCCCCAGUCCACUUUUAAUGUUAUAGCGCUGAGUCAUGAGUGACUGACUGCAUUGUUCUCUUGAGGAAAAGAAGAAUUCCCAUCUCUUCUUUGUAUUUAGUGAUAGAAUUAACAAUACAGACACUUGUGAUCCAACCAGCCAGAAAACACAAUCUACAGUUUCAUGACGUAUUACAGUUUGCACUUUGUUUCGUUAAAUGUACGUUAUGGACACACUUAGAUUACCACUAUGAUAGGAGAGAGCUUUUUGUUAAAUCAACAUAAAUACUGGCUUCAAGAAUACAUCCUUUUUGGGUAAUUCAUGUCUUCAGCCUAUGGUUCAGUAUUAUUUUGCUGGUCUUACUGUUUGAAAAUGUACCAUUUAUAAAUGUGCAAUCUGUGGGAUGCUUAAAAAUAACAUGAGACUAGUAUUAAGCUGGACUAGUCCAUAGAUGUAACUUUACUACUGGUGUUCCUAGAUCAAGUUUUUUACACUUGGGUCCUCUAUUUUAUUUUAUUUAGAAUAACAUUUUUAUUUAUAUUUUAAAGAGGUAAUUUUUUUCACAUUGGCUGUAUGAUUAUUUUAUGGCCCAGUAAGCAAAGGCCUGCAGUGUUGUGAAAGUAUAAAAUUCAUAACUAAUGAUGUGAAGUUGCCAAAAUUCUGGAUUUGUACAAACUUUUUUUUUUUUUGAUAAUUAAAAGUACUUGUACUUCAUAAAAAAUCCAGCUUGAACAAUACUCUAGGUCAGUGGUUCCCAACUUUUUUUUUUCAUUUGGGCCACCCCUACUCAAAUCUAAGAAAAGCUACUCCCCCCAGGACUCACUUGGAAAAUCAAUAAUUGAUUUAAUUGUUUUCAUUGAGAAUACCCCAACACAUUUGUCCACAUUCACUUGUUCUUGACAAGAGAUCUACAUAAACUAUCCAUUAUUAUGACACUGUAUUAGGGCAACUUUGGGAAAAAAGGGGGAUCUAGGGAUUUUUCCCAACUUUAAAAAUCAUUCAAGUAUCAGAUUUUUUUUUUACUUUAAAUGUUGUAAAUUCACAUGAACCAAAACUUAGAAUUAUUGAUGUGAAAAGUUGAAGACAAACCACUUUUUUCUCAGUUUGGUUUCUUGUGAAUUUUUGACUUUACACUGUUGUAAAUUUGUAAUGCUAACUCUUGAAAUGUAUGAGCUUCUAAUUUAAAAAUUAAAUUAAACUCUGGAAUUUUCGGUUUUUCUUGUAAAUUCAAAACUUUUUAAUCUCUGAAAUUCUGAGUUUGUUUUCCUAUAAAUAUCCAACUUUACAAUCUCAAAUAUUUUUGAUUUUUUCCCCCAAAAAUGUGCCUUUUUUCUCAAAAAUUGUGCAGUAACAGAUCCUCUUUAUUUUCACCUUCUAGUACAGCCCUUAUACACUGUCCUGAUGUUUCUAAUCAUGGUUUUUAUGUACAUCUUAUUUUGACACAUCAGAGCAGACCAGGCCCGUGCCCCCCUGAGAUCUCUGGCACCCCAAGUUGUGAACCAGUACUUUAGGUGAUACUCAUUGGCAUAGCUCAGUCACAAAGGCUACGUUCACACAGCAGGCCUUAAUGCUCAAUUCUGAUCUUUUCUCAGAUCCGAUUUGUUUUGUUUGCCUGUUCACACUGCAGUCAACUUCCAAAAGAUCAGAUACGUAUCUGAUUCAGAACCACGUACAAAAGUGGCCUGAAUCUGAUUCGAAAAGGUCACAUGACAAAAAACCCAUCUGAUUCAGAUCACUUUUAACUGCAGUGUUAACGUAGACAAAGACAUGGCUCCAUGUGUUGUAAACAAAUUGAAUCAGUGCACAUUUAGGUAAUUGGCAAUCCAAAGGUAUAAAUACAUUUUAUCCUUCAUUUUUUCUUUCUUGUAUUUAAGUUUCAUGUUUCAAAUGUGAUUUAAAAUGACAUUCCAACUUUUUUGGGACUGCUGAAAAACCUGAGUGGUACAAGCGUGGUGCGUUUCAGUUGUGCUGUUGAGCUUUUGCCAACCCUCUUCUAUUGUCAUUUGUCUCAGCGUCAUGUCUUGGCCCUGGCUUUUUGUCUGCACUAACAUUACACCCGGGCUCUCUGAGCUCCUGGUGGGCUGCCCCACAUACUGACCUAGUUAAACAUUUGUUUGUGUUUUGAACUGGUCUCAGAACAAAGGAUUUCAUCCUGCAGUACUACAGCACUCCCUGGGCAUCAAACAAGCUUAUGAGUCAUUUGAUCAUCCUUGUGUUUACUGUUUAUUGUGAAUGAGGCUUACGUUAAGUGUUAAGGUCUGUUUAGGUAGUGGUGGGAUACAAUCUAAAGAGAUGUGCUAGAGUUUUUCACACAUUCAGAUCCACUUAACCAUGAGAAAUGAGUAAAUCUGGAUGUCUGGUCUGUGAGGCCACUGAGCACUGUUAUAGUUCAUUAGUGAAGGACAAAGUUGCACACAACUCGUGCAACCGUGCUCCUCAGUAAUCAGUGCUGAACCUGAAACAGAUCUUCAUAUUUCCAAAGAGUUUUUCAGUGUAGGCACACUAUAAGCAUAGGUUAACACUUGUUUUGUUUAACCUUGUCAAUUCAACUGGGGAAAAUUUUAAAUUUCUACGUUGUUUAUUACAAAAACAUGUAAAUGUUGCCUAAGUUGUCAAACACUUUUGUAAUCUUUUUAUUCCACAUCUUUUGUUAAGGGUGGGUGUGUUAAUAUGUAUUAUUUGUAAUUUAAGUUACACUUCUUUAAGCAUUCACAUUUUUAAAUACAACAAUGUUCAUGGUGUGUUGUUUAAAGUGUCGUCACUGAAAUACUGGUUCAAAAUCAGCCAAGAAAUGCUUUAAAAGCAAAUAAAACAUUGG